CUUGAUCCUUCAGCUCUGUCUCUUCUCUAAUUCCUCCAAUUGCUUCUCGCUGGUAGGCAGAACGGAUUUCCACCUUUGGCCUUCAUAUUCAUAGACUCUCCGGCCACUUUCUUCUGCCUCCAUCAUCCUUCUCAUUCUCCUUCCCCUCCUCCUCCCCUUCUUUCUAUCUCCCCGCCAGCUGCCUUCAGCUUGGGAGUUUAUUACGACGGUUCCAUCUUCUCUUUACGUUGGGGUUAAGCGGGCCCCUAGUAUAUUCACCGUCAAUUCGACCAUCGUCUUGCACCAAUUCUAGGUUGCGAUAGCCAGUUCGCGCUUUUCGAGAUACCCCUUCUUUCAAAUCCUCUCACGACCUAAUACCGCCAAAAAUGCGUCCCGAAGUUGAGCAAGAGCUUGCUCACACGCUGCUCGUUGAAUUGCUCGCAUACCAGUUUGCUUCUCCUGUUAGAUGGAUUGAGACUCAAGAUGUGUUCCUCGGUGAGAGGACCGCUGAGCGAGUCGUGGAAAUUGGUCCUGCCGAUACUCUUGGUGUCAUGGCUAAGCGAACCUUGAAGUCCAAGUACGAAGCCUACGAUGCCGCCAAGUCCGUUCAGCGAAAUAUCCUCUGCUAUAACAAGGAUGCUAAGGAGAUCUACUAUGAUGUUGAUCCCGUGGAAGAGGAGCCUGAGCCUGCGGCUGCUUCCUCUAAUGAUGCCCCUGCAGCUCCUGCGGCCGCUGCCGCUGCACCCGCUGCUGCUGCUGCACCCGCCCCCAGUUCUGGUCCUGUCGCCCAGGUUGCCGAUGAGCCUGUCCAGGCUGUCGACAUUGUUCGCGCCCUCAUUGCGCAAAAGCUCAAGAAGCCUCUCCUCGAGGUUCCUCUCAGCAAGGCCAUUAAGGACCUUGUCGGUGGCAAAUCAACUCUUCAGAACGAGAUUCUCGGUGAUCUUGGAAAGGAAUUCGGUUCCACCCCUGAGAAGCCCGAGGAUACACCUCUCGAUGAGCUUGGUGCAUCCAUGCAAGCCACUUUCGAUGGCAACCUCGGCAAGCAAUCGCUGUCCUUGAUUGCUCGACUUAUCUCCUCCAAGAUGCCUGGUGGCUUCAAUAUCACAGCCGCCCGAAAAUAUCUCGAGAGUCGAUGGGGUCUUGGACCUGGCCGACAAGAUGGUGCCCUGCUUCUCGCCCUCACAAUGGAGCCUCCUGCGCGACUGGGCUCUGAGGGCGAUGCCAAGGCCUUCUUUGACAGCGUUGCCAACAAGUAUGCCACCAAUGCCGGCAUCAGUCUGUCUACAGCUACUGCGGCUGGCCCCGCUGGCGGCUCUAGUGGCGGCAUGAUGAUGGAUCCUGCUGCUAUUGAUGCCCUCACCAAGGACCAGCGUGCCCUCUUCAAGCAACAAUUAGAGCUUCUCGCUCGAUACCUCAAGAUCGACCUUCGUGAGGGUGAGAAGGCUCACCUCAACUCCCAGAAAUCCGAGAAGGUUUUGCAAGCCCAGCUUGAUCUCUGGACUGCCGAGCAUGGUGACUUCUAUGCCUCUGGUAUCGAGCCUGUCUUCACCCCCCUCAAGGCCCGAACCUACGAUUCAUCAUGGAACUGGGCUCGCCAAGACGCUCUCAGCAUGUACUUCGAUAUUAUCUUCGGUCGUCUCCAGGCUGUUGAUCGUGAGAUUGUUAGCCAGUGCAUUCGUCUCAUGAACCGAUCCAACCCCAAGCUCCUCGACUUCAUGCAGUACCAUAUCGACAACUGCCCCACCGAGCGAGGUGAGACUUACAAGCUUGCUCAGGAGCUCGGACAGCAGCUUAUUGAGAACUGCAAGGAUGUUCUUGAUGUCGCCCCUGUGUACAAGGAUGUUUCCCUCCCUACCGGGCCCAGGACAACAGUUGACGCCCGGGGCAACCUCAACUACGAGGAAGUCCCGCGUACCAGCUGCCGCAAGCUCGAGCACUAUGUCCAGCAAAUGGCUGAGGGUGGCAAGAUCUCUGAGUACGGCAAUCGCACCAAGGUCCAGAGCGAUCUUUCUCGCAUCUACAGACUCAUCAAGCAGCAGCACAAGCUGUCCAAGACUUCGCAGCUUGAGAUCAAGAGCCUUUAUGGCGAGGUCCUUCGCUCGCUUGCCAUGAACGAGAGCCAGAUCCUUCCCAAGGACAACAAGGGCCGAAAGGUUCUGAAGAACAGCCAGAGCAAGGGUAAGGUCGAGACCAUUCCCUUCCUUCACCUUAAGAAGAAGGGUCUCCAUGGCUGGGACUACAGCAAGAAGCUUACCGGCGUGUACCUCAACUGCCUUGAGGAUGCUGCUAAGUCUGGUGUCACUUUCCAGGACAAGCACGUUCUCAUGACUGGUGCUGGUGCCGGUUCCAUCGGUGCUGAGGUCCUUCAGGGUCUCAUCAGCGGUGGCGCUAAGGUCAUUGUCACCACCAGCCGCUUCUCCCGCGAGGUCACCGAGUACUACCAGGCCAUGUACACCCGCUAUGGCUCUCGCGGCUCCCAGAUUGUCGUUGUUCCCUUCAAUCAGGGUAGCAAGCAAGAUGUUGAGGCCCUUGUCGAGUACAUCUACGAUACCAAGGAGGGUCUUGGCUGGGAUCUUGACUUCAUCGUUCCUUUCGCUGCUAUCCCCGAGAACGGUCGUGAGAUUGACAGCAUUGAUUCCAAGUCUGAGCUUGCUCAUCGUAUCAUGCUUACCAACCUUGUUCGUCUCCUCGGAUGCGUCAAGGCCCAAAAGACUGAGCGUGGCUUCGAGACCCGACCCGCUCAGGUUGUUCUACCCCUUUCUCCCAACCACGGCACCUUCGGUAAUGACGGUCUUUACUCCGAGUCCAAGCUUGGCCUCGAGACUCUCUUCAACAGGUGGCACUCCGAGAGCUGGGCCAACUACCUCACCAUUUGCGGUGCGGUCAUUGGUUGGACCCGAGGAACUGGUCUCAUGUCUGGUAACAACAUCGUUGCCGAGGGCGUUGAGGCUUUCGGCGUCCGCACUUUCUCUCAGCAGGAGAUGGCUUUCAACCUUCUUGGUCUCAUGUCUCCCACUCUAGUUGAUCUGUGCCAAAAUGAGCCUGUCUUUGCUGACCUCAACGGUGGUCUGCAGUUCAUUCCUAACCUGAACGAGACCAUGACCAAGCUGCGCAAGGAUAUCAUGGAGACUAGCGAGGUUCGCCGCGCUGUUGCCAAAGAGAGCGCCAUUGAGAACACCAUUGUCAAUGGUGCCGCCUCAGAGGUUCUCUACAAGAAGAAGACAAUUGAUCCUCGUGCCAACAUCAAGCUUGACUUCCCCAACCGACCUGACUGGAAGACCGAGAUUGAGCCACUCAACGAGAACCUCAAAGGCAUGGUUGACCUGGAGAAGGUCGUUGUUGUCACUGGUUUCGCUGAGGUUGGUCCUUGGGGUAACUCUCGUACUCGAUGGGAGAUGGAGGCUUAUGGCGAAUUCUCCUUGGAGGGUUGCGUUGAGAUGGCUUGGAUCAUGGGUCUCAUCAAGAACCACAAUGGUCUUAUCAAGGGUAAGCCUUACUCCGGCUGGGUUGACGCCAAGACUGGUGAGCCCGUCGACGACAAGGACGUCAAGCCCAAGUAUGAGAAGUAUGUUCUUGAGCACUCUGGUAUUCGUCUGAUCGAGCCUGAGCUGUUCGAGGGCUACGACCCCAACAAGAAGCAGCUGCUUCACGAGGUCGUCAUUGAGGAGGAUCUUGAGCCCUUCGAGGCCUCUAAGGAGACUGCCGAGGAGUUCAAGCGUGAGCACGGUGACAAGGUUGAGGUCUUCGAGAUCCCCGAUAGCGGCGAGUACAUCAUUCGCCUCAGGAAGGGUGCCUCUCUCUGGAUCCCCAAGGCUCUUCGCUUCGAUCGUCUCGUCGCUGGUCAGAUCCCCACUGGCUGGGACCCCAAGCGAUACGGUGUUCCUGAGGAUAUCGUCUCCCAGGUUGACCCUGUCACACUGUUCCUCCUUGUGUCUACUGCCGAGGCUCUCCUUUCUUGUGGUAUCACCGAUCCCUACGAGUUCUACAAGUACGUCCACGUUUCCGAAGUUGGUAACUGUGUUGGUUCCGGUAUGGGUGGUGCCGCCGCUCUCCGCGACAUGCACCGCACUCGCUUCCUCGACCAGCCAGUGCAGAACGACAUUCUUCAAGAGUCUUUCAUCAACACCAUGGCUGCCUGGGUUAACAUGUUGUUGAUGUCCUCUUCCGGACCUAUCAAGACCCCUGUCGGUGCUUGUGCUACCGCUGUCGAGUCCAUCGACACUGGUUAUGAGACCAUCAUGGAGGGCAAGGCUCGCGUCUGCUUUGUCGGUGGUUUCGAUGAUCUCGGUGAGGAAGGCUCUUAUGAGUUCGCCAACAUGAAGGCCACCAGCAACACUGUUGACGAGUUUGCCCACGGACGUACUCCCAAGGAGAUGUCUCGUCCUACCACUACUACCCGAAACGGAUUCAUGGAGUCUCAGGGUUGCGGUAUCCAGGUCAUCAUGACUGCCAAGCUUGCUCUUGACAUGGGUGUCCCCAUCCACGGUAUCGUUGCCCUGACCACCACUGCUUCUGAUAAGAUUGGCCGUUCCGUUCCCGCUCCAGGCCAGGGUGUUCUCACCACAGCUCGCGAGAACCCUGGCAAGUUCCCUUCGCCUCUUCUCGACAUCAACUACCGACGUCGCCAAAUCGAGCGUCGCAAGAAGACUAUCAAGCAAUGGCAAGAGUCUGAGCUUGAGUAUGUUCAUGACGAGAUUGAUGCCAUGAAGGCUCAGGGUGCUUCCUUUGACGAGAAGGAGUAUGCCGCGGACCGCUUCGCUCACAUUGAGAAGGAAGCUGCCCGACAGGAGAAGGAGCUUCUCCGCAGCAUGGGCAACAACUUCUGGAAGAGCGAUCCUAGCAUCGCCCCUCUGCGCGGUGCCCUCGCCACAUGGGGUCUCACUGUCGACGAUAUCGGUGUUGCCUCGUUCCACGGAACCUCUACCAAGGCCAAUGAUAAGAACGAGUCCAGUGUCAUCUGCCAGCAACUUCGCCAUCUUGGCCGCAAGAAGGGCAACGCUGUCUUGGGUAUCUUCCAGAAGUACCUCACUGGUCACCCCAAGGGUGCUGCUGGUGCUUGGAUGAUGAACGGUUGUCUCCAGGUCCUCGACACCGGUCUUGUUCCUGGUAACCGCAACGCGGAUAACGUUGAUCCUGUCAUGGAGCAGUACGACCUCAUCGUCUACCCCAGCCGCAGCAUCCAGACCGACGGUGUCAAGGCCUUCUCCGUUACCUCUUUCGGUUUCGGACAGAAGGGUGCUCAGGCCAUUGGUGUCCACCCCAAGUACCUGUUCGCUACUCUUGAUGAGAAGACCUACGCCGAAUACUGCGCCAAGGUUGAUGCUCGCCAGAAGAAGGCCUACCGAUACUUCCACGAUGGCUUCAUCAACAACAAGCUGUUCGUCGCCAAGAACAACUCUCCUUACUCUGAUGACCAGCUCAGCAAGGUUCUUCUCAACCCUGACGCUCGUGUCUCCGAGGACAAGAAGUCAUCUGAGCUCAAGUAUGCCCCUGACUUCAUGAAGAAGUCAGAGAAGGUUGUUUCAUCAGCCAAGGCUAAGGAGACUGAGCAAGUCAUGGAAGCUCUGGCCCUCAAGGUCACAAACAAGAACAGCCAGGUUGGCGUUGAUGUUGAAGACAUUGCUGCUGUCAACAUCGACAACGACACUUUCGUCGAGCGUAACUUUACCGCUAACGAGAUCUCCUACUGCCGUCAAGCUCCCAGCCCCCAGAGCUCUUUCGCUGGCCGCUGGAGUGCCAAGGAGGCUGUCUUCAAGUCUCUCGGCGUCGCCAGUCAAGGCGCUGGUGCCGCCAUGAAGGACAUUGAGAUUGUCAAGGGAGAGAACGGUGCCCCCGCUGUUUCUCUUCAUGGUGAGGCUGCUGCCGCCGCCAAGAAGGCCGGUGUGAAGGAUAUCACACUGUCCAUCUCACACUCUGAUAGCCAGGCUAUCGCUGUGGCUGUUGCCAACUUUUAAGUGCAUACAAUGAGAAGGAUGGUUUGUACGGGUUUACUUAGGACUUUGUAAUGGGCGUUUGAUGAACGAUGUUUCGAUAUGAUGCCUGACUGUUUUGAUGAUAUAUGUUGCCGGCUACAGUUCAUACUGGGCCUAUGGUGUUGAUAGAACUUGGCGUAGACUGCGCUGGGUAAAACAAAUUUACGCAUGGAAUAGACAUUUUUAAAGUUA